AUGAGCUACAACCCGAUUAGCGAGGUAUCCGCGGAUCAGUAUCGCCACCCGGAUCCCAACGCUCGCUACCAGCAAUGGCCAUCCUCAUCCUCAUCCUCGGGCUUCUACCCAGACCAGCAACCCUCAGACCCUCGCUCCUACGCCUUCAGCAACCACUACGCCAACCAAUCACACUCUGGAUCCCAGUUCCCCUACCGCGUAGGAGGAGACUACAAUGAGGUGCAGCAGGUAGAGGAUCACCAGAUGUGGCCACCUCAGGAGUACGGCGGUGCAUCCUCAUCCUCUGUCGCCACCUCAAGUCCCCCAAACGCCUCAGACGAGGCUUACACCUGGAUGGGUUCUGCAGAGAGCAGUGAUCGCAAUCUGUGCCAAUGCGGCAAAGCUUUCCGACGUCCCUCUGAUCUUGCAAAGCACCAAAAGUACCACAUCAAGUACUUCUCUUGCCUCUUCUCAGGAUGUGACAAGGCAUUUGCCACACAGAAGGACCUGACAAGGCACAUGAGAACGCACCGCAAGGGCGAGGGCUACCAAUGCAAAGUAGAAGGCUGCCGCAAAGCUAUGUCUGGGCAUGUCUACAGCCGCAAAGACAACUUUGAUCGGCACAUGAGGACUGCGCAUCCAGAUCACCCGCAUAUCUGA